AGGAGGAGAGGGAGGAGGGAGCAGGAUAAAUGAAGCUGGAGGAAGGUGAAGCGAAUUUAGAAGCAGGAAGCAUCGAGUGUUUCUCUCUUUGUCAGCAAGCAGCCACGCAGCGUCGUCUCCUCUUCCUCCUCCAUCGUCUCCUCCUCCUCCUCCAUCAUCUCCUCCUCGACCACGUCCUCCUCCUUUCCCAUGCUGCCGCAGGUCUCCGCGGAGCGGCCAUGGCAAAGAUCCGGGUGUCGUACGAGUACUCCGAGGCCGAGGACAAGAGCAUCCGGCUGGGCUUGUUCCUGAUCUUCUGCGGGGUUCUGAGCCUCUUCAUCCUGGGCUUCUGCUGGUUGAGCCCAACGCUGCAAAGUCUGCAGAGCAAACCAGCCAACUGCACGGUGGUGUCGGUGCUGCGUCCGGAGGAGAUGUUUGAGUGCGUGUUCACGUGCGGCGCCGACUGUAAGGGGACGUCUCUCUACCCGUGCCUGCAGAUCUUCGUCAACAACUCGGAGUCAAACUCGGUGGCUCUGCUGCACUUCGAUGAGCAACAGCUGGUCCUCAACCCGAAGUGCUCCUACGUCCCCCCCUGUGAGCGGGACAACCAGAAGAACAAGGACAGCGUCCUCUGGUGGGAGGACUACUUCAGCAAGGAGGUCAGCAGCCAGACCUUCACCUGCUUCUUCAACCAGCAGAGGAGGCCGGACGACGUGCUGUGGCGGCGUUCCCACGACACCAGCGUGCUGCUGCACUGCGUCCUGUGGCCGAUGGUGUCCCUGCUGCUGGGCACGCUCAUCGUGCUGCUCACCGUGUGCGCCCGCUCGCUGGCCGUCCGCGCCGAGGCGCUCCAGAAGAGGAAGUGCUCCUACGAGGCGUGCCACGACCUCUACGCCAGGGCCUCCGAUCGCCGCGGCAACAGGGCCAACGACCCCCCCGGGACCAACGCCGACCCCGAGCCGCCACCCCCUUCGUCCUCGCCGACGAGGAGCCUGCCGCUGUUCGCCGUGCCGGUGCGCCGCCGCGACCGCGAGCACUGAGGGGGGGGGGGGGAGACCCAGCAGGCGAGGUUCAGAUGGACAAAUCCACCAUUUUGCCUUUAGAUUCCCACCAAAAACAUCCGCACCUUCGCCGCUUCUCACCGGGGAUCCAACCCUGGAGCCGGCGUUUCUUCUCGUGUUGUAGCCUGGAGGCUCCGAGGUGCAGCCCCCACUGUAGCGGCGACGUAGCGCCGACGUAGCGCCGACGUAGCGCCGACGUAGCGCCGACGUAGCGCCAACGUAGCCGACUGGAUCGCUUCUUACUCUUUUUUAUUUCUUAUUAAAGACAGUUUUAUUUUUACAUCCCAGAUUUAGUGAAUUUUAAACCUCUUCAGCAGCUCGUCGGUCUUCUAAUACUAUGUGUCUUUUAUUGUGAAAUGCUGCAGGAAGUGGCGUGCAGUCGUAACACAAACAUUAGAGGAGCGUCGUGGUCACAUGAUCUCAGAAGAGGAAAUAAGAAUCAUACAGAAUCGUAUAUAUACAUAGUUGUUUAUUACUGUCAACAGAACGAGCUUCGAUCAACAAAUCCAUUUAUCUUUAUUCUUCCCCAAAUAAAGUUUAGGAAACUAAACAGAAACAGAUGAAUCAAACUUUAAUAACAUGAAGCAUUAAAGAAUAUAAAGAAAUAACAAAGACAAACGAAAUGAAACUACUCCUGGUACUAAACAUGUUGUGUUUAGGACAGAAAGAACAAGCUUCACCAUGAACCUCAGAGAUGUUCUCACAGCUCCUGGUCAGAUCUUUCAGUUACAAAUUGUUAGAAUCAGUGAAUGAGAAGCAGAAGGAAACCGAGGGACGUCUUGGACAUUUGGACUUGUGAGAUGUUUCAGCUGACCAGCAGAUCGUAGCUUAGAUCUUCGCUAGCUACCUGUUAGCAUUGUGGGAUGCAGACCGAAGCUACAUGAGGACGUCCAUUCGUCACAUUCAUCUCAUUUGUUUCUUCACGUGUUGUUAGCGAAUCGCUACGUAUUAGCAUCGCUCUGAAUGCAGUGAAGGUGUGAGAACAGUAACUCUAAAGGACUUCUUCCACGCAGCUGAGACAACAAUAGAUCAGAGGGAGUGUCUCCUCCUCAAGGCUCCAGAUCCCCACCAUCACCGUCCUCUCCGUCUAAAAAUGACCUGAGCGUUGCUUAGCAACAGCCGGCAGGCCGCUGCCAACGAAAACAAGUGAGGACAGAGAGAACUUCCCUCUUCAGGUCCAGAUGCUUCCGGUGAGCGUUCAUCAUCCUCCUCGUUUUGACCUCGACUUCUGAGAAAUGUUCUUCUGCACUAAAGAAAGGCCAAAGGUCGCGUUGGUGUUCCUGACAACGGGGACGUCCACGUGUCUCCAGAACCGGUGCUAAACACACAAAGUGAGAGUUUGAUUAGGAUGUAAAGAAGUAGGAGGGAUUCCUUCAACCACGACUCAAACCCAUCUGUUGCUUUGUAUCGCCAUGGAAACGAUGACAUCGUCUCCUCGCCAUCGCUACGGAAACAUAAAAUAUGCAUCGUGAUGAAUAAUGAGCUUCUGAUGUUCUCACUGCCAAAGGGAAAGAA